UAUACACACUAGUCGCGCGUAACCCUAUUCUAUUUCUAAAUCCAAUCCACAAUUUCGAAGAAAUGCCGGGAUUAACCUGCAACGCCUGCAACAAAGAAUUCAAAGACGACGCCGAGCAGAAGCUCCAUUACAAGUCCGAAUGGCACCGAUACAAUCUCAAACGCAAGGUUGCAGGAGUGCCAGGGGUUACAGAAGCACUUUUUCUAGCCAGACAGUCUGUUAUUGCAGAAGAGAAGAAAAAGUUGACUGAGACGCCCAUGCUCUAUACCUGUGGUGUUUGUGGGAAAGAGUACCGAAGUUCCCAGGCGUAUUCUCAGCACUUGAAAUCGAAAAGCCACCUGUUAAAGGCUUCACAAGAGCCUAACCAUAAUGGUGAAAACAGGGUUAUAAUUAGGCCUCUUCAACGCCCCAUUUUGGAUAGAUCCACUCAGCAGGUAGAGGAAGAUAUUGAUGAAAGUGAGGAGAGUGAGGAGAGUGAGUGGGAAGAGGUUGAUGAAGAAGACAUGGCUGAAGCUAGUGAUUCUUUGAUGCAACUUCAGUUAAAUGAGCAUACUUCUAAUGGGAACAUGCAAGAUGCAGAUAUGGAUGACUAUAGUGAAGAGCUGGAUCCAUCUUGUUGCUUCAUGUGUGAUUUAAAGCAUAGAACAAUAGAACGCUGUAUGGUUCACAUGCACAAGCAGCAUGGAUUCUUUAUACCCGAUGUUGAAUAUCUCAAGGACCCAAAAGGCUUUCUGACUUAUGUUGGUCUCAAGGUUAAGAGGGACUACCUAUGUUUGUAUUGCAAUGAUAGAUGCCAACCUUUCAGCAGUUUAGAAGGAGUUAGGAAGCAUAUGGAAGCAAAAAGUCAUUGUAAAGUGCACUAUGGUGAUGGUGGUGAUGAUGAAGAGGCAGAAUUAGAAGAAUUUUAUGACUAUAGCAGCAGUUAUUUGGAUGCAAAUGGAAAAGAGCUGGUUGCAUCAGAUGACACUAGCAGUGGAGUUGAGCUUGGAAGUGGUGGGGCUGAGCUAAUUAUUAAAAAGAGAACUGAUGAUGGAGUAUCUACCAUAACACUUGGAUCAAGAGAGUAUUUGCGAUAUUAUCGACAAAAACUGAGGCCCACUCGCACGAACGAUAUUGCUCUUACUGCUGCAUUAGCUUCCAGGUAUAGAAGCAUGGGCCUAGCAACCGUGCAGUCGAGAGAAAACAUGGUUAAGAUGAAGGUGAUGAAGGCCAUGAAUAGGUAUGGUAACGAGGCAAUGCGCACCAAGAUUGGUAUAAGAAAUAAUGUCAUCCGAAAUCUCCCCAAUAACGUACCCUAUUAAUCCUUGUUAUGUUAUAAAGGUGAUGCUAGUUGUGAAACUUUUAAUGGAGUUAAGGAAAUAUAUUGGGUGGGUGUUCGUUUUGUUA